AGGGCUUUCUCGGGUGUUUCCGCCGUUGACCGUUGCAGAUUCGCUGGGGGAAAGGGCGAUCGGCUCCAGUCCUCCAAGGCCAGCCUCUUUAGAGAGCCAAGAGACCCCAAUCAAUCCAAGUCUCUGUAUCUUCAGCGGAGCCCAGGGAGAAGAUGGAGUCAAGAAGCCCGACGGGAACCAGCCCUUGUGGUGGUCAGACGGAAGAGUUUGAUCAAAGGACCAGGCAGAAGUUCCUAGAAGAAGACAACCUCUCUUGGGAGAUUCACCAGCAGAAUUUCAGACGAUUCUGCUACCAGGAGUCAGAGGGACCCUGAAGAGUUUGCAGCCGCCUCCAUCGCCUUUGUCACCAGUGGUUAAAACCAGACAGGAACACCAAGGCUCAGAUGCUGGACCUGGUGCUCCUGGAGCAGUUUCUGGCCAUCCUUCCCCUGGAGAUUGCCAGCUGGGUGAGGGAAUGUGGAGUGGAAACCAGCUCCCAGGCGGUGGCCUUGGCCGAAGGCCUUCUGCUGAGCCCGAUAGACGGCAAAGAAAGGGAGGUUCAAGUCCCACCAGGCCCAAGGUUGACUCAGCCUUCCAUUCUUUAUAAGGAAAGCUCUAUCAAGGUGGAUCCACAAGGUGCAAACGCGAGGAUGGAUUCCUCAGAUUCUUUUCGGGGGUUACUUUUCGAAGGAAUCUCCCAGGAAAACGACAUUCUUGACAUCUUAGCAGGAUAUGGUCCAUCACCACUGGACCUUGUUGAAAUGUUUUCUUUUUCUGAGGAAGAAGACAUACUCCCUUCAACUCAGGGUGCUGUGUCCUUCCAGGAUGUGGUGGUGUGUUUCUCCAAGGAGGAGUGGGCUCUGCUGGAUUCCACCCAAAAGUCCCUCCACGGGGAAGUCAUGCAGGAGAACUCUAGACACGUGGCGUCUCUGGAAGCAGAUGAGAACAGUGAGAAUUGCCAGGUGCUGGAUACGAUUUUGCAACCAACCAGGGCCGAAGUGGGAAAUGAGAUUUUUGAGAACCGCCGGAGAUCAGGAACAUUUGGGGAAAAGAAGUCAACAUCUAGGAAGAAGAAAUCACCUACUUCCCACCGUGCUGAAGUCCACGAAUUCCUGACUCAAGGGAAUCACACUGGAAACCAAAAGAGGAAUUCCCUACCCCAUGGGGAAAUCCCCGGGGAUCAAUCCGAGAAAUGUAAUCAUUCCAAAACUAAAAUUAAAGGCAACCAGUGCAAGUGCAGACCGCCGCAGCGAACCUAUUCCAGCCAAAGCUUUGCUUUGACUUCAUGUCAACAAACCCACCCAAGGGCUACAGAUAAACCCGAGACAUUCAAAGGGCGUGGAAAGAGCAGUAGGAACAGUAGCGCCCGUAAAAGGCUCCACCCAAGAGAAAAACCGUGGAACUGUGCCGAGUGUGGAAAGAGUUUCAGGUGGACAAGUGAACUCACCUCUCAUGUGAGAAUCCAUACGGGGGAGAAGCCAUUUCCAUGCGCGACAUGCGGAAAGAGGUUUAGAUUGAACAGUGACCUUACCCUACACAAAAGAGUCCAUACCGUGGAGAAACCGUACAAAUGUCUGCAGUGUGGGAAGAGCUUCAGCAACAGCCGCAACCUGACUUUUCACACAAGGAGGCACAUGGGAGAGAAGCCCUACCAGUGUACGGAGUGUGGGAAGAGCUUCAAUUCGAGCGGAUCCCUGGCUUCGCACAACCAGAUCCACACAGGAGAAAAACCGUAUGCAUGUACAGAGUGCAGCAAGAGUUUUAGCGUCCGCAGUGCUCUCUCGAGUCAUAAAAGGGUCCAUUCAGAGGAGAAACCCUAUCAAUGCACGGAAUGCGAAAAGAGCUUCCGAUGGAAAAGUCAGCUAAGAUCUCAUCAAAGUAUUCACAUGUGGGAGAAUUUGUAUAAAUCCACAGAGAGUGGAAAGACCUUCGGUUUCGGCAGUGACCUUUCUUCCCAUUCGGGCAAAAUUCCACAUAUAUGUACCGUGUGUGGACAGGGUUUUAUUGACAGCGAUGCCUUUCGUACCCAUAAAAAAAUGCAUUCCAUAGAAAAGUCCUAUAUAUGCACGGAGUGCGGAAAGAGCUUCUGUAGAAAUUACACGCUUACUAUUCACAAGAGGCUCCACACGGGAGAGAGACCUUAUCAAUGCACGGAAUGUGGGAAGAGAUUCAAUCAGAAGUACAACCUUACGACUCAUAAGAGGAUUCAUUCAGGGGAAAAACCCUAUAAAUGUGGCGAAUGCGGAAGCAGCUUCAGCACUUCCGGUGGCCUCACUGCCCACACGAGCAUCCACACGGGGCAGAAACCUUACAAAUGCAAAGAGUGUGACAAGAGCUUCACCCGAUGCAGCAGCCUCUCUGUCCAUAAAAGCAGCCAUACCAGAGAGAAGCUCUACAAAUGUCCGGAGUGUGGAAAACACUUCAAUAGGAGCAAGAGCCUGGACUGUCAUAUGAGAUGCCACACUGGCAAGAAGCCAUAUAAAUACACAAUGCGUGAAAGGAGCGUCAGUCAAUGCAGGAAGCUUGCUUCCCAUCAAAGUACCCAUUCAAAGGAGAAACUCUUUAUCAGCGUAUGAUGUGUGGGAAAAGGUUCGGGCAGGACAGCCACCUUAUUUCCCCAUAAAAUAAUUCAUUCUGAAGGAAUAGUGUAAGACAGUGGUUCUCAACCUGUGGGUUGGGACCCUGUUGGGGGUCGAAUGACGAUUUGCCAGAGGUCGCCUAAGACCAUCGGAAAUAUGGGAAGUAUACUUGCGAGUCGAAGAAUCGCGCUCCAAUGGUUGACUCCACAAGCCAGCUGCAGGUUCUUCAAAUCGCUAGCCGAAUUCGGCUUCAGGCGUGAUCAAUUAAAAAAGAGAGAAAUCUUUGUUCUGAUGUCUCCCUCUCAAGCCAGCUGCAAUCACUCCCAAUCGCUAGCCUAAUCUGGCUUCAGGCGCGAUAAACUUAAUAGGGCCGGGAUAGCUCAAGCAAUAGAGAAGCCUGUUAUCAAAAACACAGAGCCUGCAAUUACUGCAGGUUCGAGCCCGGCCCAAGGUUGACUCAGCCUUCCACCCUUUAUAAGGUAGGUAAAAUGAGGACCCAGAUUGUUGGGGGGGCAAUAAGUUGACUUUGUAAAAAAAUAUACAAAUAGAAUGAGACUAUUGCCUUAUACACUGUAAGCCGCCCUGAGUCUUCGGAGAAGGGCGGGGUAUAAAUGUAAACAAACAAACAAAAAAAAUAGGGGAGGAGUCUCCGCUUUAAUGCCUCCGUCCUCAAGGCAAUCGCAAGCAGUUCAGAUUGCUAGCCAAUACAGCUUCAGGCGCGAUAAAUUCAAAACGAAAAUAAUUUUACGGUUGGGGGUCGCCACAUCGUGGGGAACUGUAUUAAAGGGGUCGCCACAUCGUGGGGAAUUGUAUUAAAGGGGUCGCAGCACUAUAAAAGUUGAGAACCACUGGUGUAAGACAAAGUUCCCCAACCUUUCCGCCUUUGUGGACUGGGGAGGAGGAGAUCCCGCACGAACGGCAGGCAAGUGCAUGUGCAGCUCCAGUUGUGUGAGCAGCAGGCACAUGCACCCAUUACUUGGGCAAAUGGACCACACGCGCACGCACAUACUGUCAUCACAUACUGUGAU